AUGGCGAAGGGUCCUCCAUUCCGUGUCAUGGCUGCCGUUCUGUCUAAUCAAGUCACGGCCUUCUUGGCCGUGCUCAUGCUGCUAUUCUCCACUCACUGCGUAGCUUCCUCCCUUCCUAAUACCUACACGCCUACCCCCGUCGCUAAGCCGCCGCCUUCCCGCCACCUCGCGCCGCCGACGGAGCACCCGUAUCCAAGUACACCGUCACCGCCAACUCAUGCAGCGCAACCUCCGUACUACCAUCGGCCCCCUCCAACAACCGGUGCGCCUCCUCCGCACCACCACCACCACCACCACCACCACCGCCAGCCUAAGCCGACGCCACCGGUUGGCACGGGGCGCCACCCGCCGUACUACCACUCCUCCCCGCCGCCUCCACCGAGCCAUGCUCAUCAGCCGCCUUACGGCGAACACCCUCGUCCACCACCGUUGUACAAGUCCCCUCCAACUGCGCCGACCCGCCGUUCCUGUCCGACUCUGCCGCCGCCGUCGCCGCCGGCCCAUCACGGAUACCCACCAUUGCGACCGCCGAGUCACCCACCACCUCCGCCGCCGCCGUACAAGACCAUCCCCGAGCACGGGUCUCCCCCGCCGCACCAUUACCAUCAAACUCCACCGCCACCGCCGUACUAG